AUGGUGCGCCAGUGUUUGACACUUGGAUGUGGCUUGGUGGCUGCCAGUGUCUUCGCUAAUCUGACAGGGGGCAUCUACCUGAAAAUGCCUGACUCAUUCGCAGGAGCUCCGGUCAAUACUGCUUUAGCUGGUGAUUCUACACCCUCAACCACAUCGACUUCUUCAGCACUUGUGACAGGUGCAUCGGGUUCUGGCACGACGACAGAUGCGCCCGUGAGACCAUCUCCUUCUACGCUCACCACCAUUUUCACAAAUGUUGCAUGUGGAUCUGGCCGUGAUGACCAAAGCAAAGUUGGGAAUCACGUGAAGCUUGGAUUGGCGUCAGCUUGUCCGGUUCGCUGCUUCAUCACGCGGGAGCUGCAGAAGUGGCGAAGUGCGGAUGGCGUCGUGCUCGAUCCACUGUGUAUGUCACCAUUGAGGACCCCUGACAAGAGUGAGAAGCCGGCGCACCAGAAGUGGCUCUUCAACUUCGACUUCGAGCCGCCCGUGCACAUGGGCAGUCAGUUGGGAAGGGGAGCUGUCCAGAAACUUGAGCCUGCAAUCGACUGGACGUUCACAUAUAGUCCGGACAGUGACUUUCAUAAGAAGCACUGGGCCUUUAACACGCGCGGAGGAUGCCAGCGUUUUGUCAACCAACUGGGCGGCGAACAAGAGCCUCAUACUGCUGUGGUUCUCCAGCAAAGGAUGUACCGGGCCUCACCGGCACAAGCGCGCCGAGGUCUUCCAGACCCUGUCUUCGCAUCUUCCUGCUGGAACGGCUCACAUCUACGGUGCGUGUGGGAAGCGCGAUCCGUGCUACAAGGAUGGCCGGGCCACUAUCCUUAG